AGUAUUCUGUAGCAACUGAAGCACGAAAAUGAAGUUUUGGGGCUGGAUGCAUCAUAAGUUCCGGGAGAAUAGCAAAGAGCCAUUAAAAGAUGCUUCUACUGGCAACAGCUAUUCCAUUCUUUCAGCUCAUCCAUCCCUUGAUAGCCAAGAGGUUUACCCAACAGCAUGUGCUGGCUCCAGAUACAAUACUGGAUUCAGAAAACAGGUCAACCUGUUCCAGGAAAGCUCCUUCGCAGGACCCAAGCAAUACACAGAGGAAGACUUCAAGGAUGAGAGAAACAGUGAUUUUUUUGAUGGAUUUCUUGCCAUUGGAACCCUUGGUGGAGAAACACUUCUUGAUGAACAACCAGCAACGCCGACAUUUGGCAUGUCAUUUGAGGACCCAGCAAUAGAUGAUGCAGAUGUGACAGAGAAUGAUUUGAAGCUCAUAAGCAAUGAAUUGGAUAAGUUCCUUGAGGCUGAAGCUAAAGAAGGACACCACCAACCAUCAGGAAGAAACAGUGACACUAACACUAUUGCAUCCACCAUUGAGGCCAUUGAGGGAGUAGAUGAUGAAGAAGAUAAUCAGCCAAUGAAGUUCCCACUCCAAGAGUAUUUUUUUGGAUCUCUAAUCGAACUCCCAGAAUCAAAGAUUGCAGGGAAGAAGGAUAGGGCAUCACUUGGCGAACUGUUUCAAAUAACAGAAGUGCAAGAUAAACAAUCAGAAAACAUAUAUGGGAAGAAAAAGAAGCAACCCAAUUCAGCUCACAAGUCCGCAAAGCAUCUUGUGAAGAAGGUACUGAAAAAGAUACACCCAUCCUCAAGGGGCUCUGUCAGUGGUAAACCUGAAGUGGAUUCCACAAAAAAGAAGUUCCAAAAGGUGUGGCUUUUUCAGCUCUGCUUUUUUAAAAACUAAUAAUCUAAAAAAACGACUGCGUGAUACAUGAUACAUGAUACACCAAACUUCAGAUAUUUUAUCCCUUACUUUGAUAGCAUUCUCUGGAGCUAUCAUAUACUCCAUUGAAAAGCUUGCUCCUAACAAACUUGAAUUUCAUGUGAGGAGUGCAGAUGGUACAGGUUUUCCAUAGGAAAGUACAUCCAGAAGAAUCCAUAAUGGAAACCAAAAUAUACAGCAGCGUGGCAAAUCCAAAAAGCAGCAAAGCAAAUUCUAUUGACUUAACAUUCGAGAAGGUGAACCAUUGUCACGAGGCAAGUAAAAGAUGUAUCCAGUAUGAGCUUAGAAGUUCUCGCUCAGCCAAAAACGGAGAACACUGGAUCAAGACAGACGAAGACUAUUUCGUGUUGGAACUGUAACAAAGGGAUCAGAAGAACUAUGUAAACUAAGAAGUGUAAGUGUAUAAUUUCACUUCAUGCAUGUGUGAAUUGUGUGGUAUGAUUAAGGAAAAUGUGUUCAAACUUACUGGGAAUGUUUAUUACGCCCCUCUAUGUAAUAAUAAAUGAUAAAGGGUGUUAUAAUUGCAGCAAGAUAUCUCAUAUACAUUGUUUGGAGUAGUAGAAUUAAGAGAAUGCAAGCAUUGAUUCAAAUUCAAUUAUCUGUUUUAAUCUCAGAAGAGAGAGGCAUAAUGUUUAUGCCUCUCUUAGCUAAUAAGCCAUAAUUUAUCAUUAUCUCCUACACAAAAGAACUUACAUAGAAAAUCCACCAUAAAGUAUGAGCGGCUAUCUUAUAUUUCAUGCAAUAAAAAACCUAAGCCAGGGUAAAAGCCUGUAUCACUUUUUAGCUAAACAAAAAUCAAUAACAUCCGAGCCAAACCUGG